UUGGUAUCUGAAGCUUUCUGUGCAUGCUCAGAGGCUACCAUGACAGCUACCGGUUCCAGGGAACAAAAUUAGCCUUUCAACCACAGAACGGGGUGUGGUUGACUCUUUCUGACACCCCCCAUCCCCAAAUGACACCCCCUCUUGCCUUCCUGCCUCUGUGGUUGCCGGUUCACCAGAUGCAGCGCCACCUCCCUCCCUCCUCCUCAGCAUCUUCUCCUCUUCCUCUCAGUCCCUGUGACUACUUUCUCUCCUAACCUCAUCGGCUGCACCCGUCAUGUGGCCGGCAACCUUGCCUGUCGGCCUGGUGGUGUGGGGGGCCUGGGUUCUGAGCCCCCCAGCCACUGCCGCCCUCCCUCCAGACCUGAGCAUGGCUCAAAUGAUCCAGAUGUUUCAGGAUUUCAGGGCACGGUUCAACAGGACCUACCAAACCCAAGAAGAAACACACGAGCGCUUUAAGGUGUUCGUGCAGAAUCUGGCGAGAAGCCGUGACCUCCAGGCCUCCGAAUUGGGCACCGCGCAGUAUGGGGUCACCCGCUUCAGCGACUUAACAGAAAACGAAUUUGCAGAGAAGUUUGGCCUCGCCCCUCCCUCGCUUCCUGGCUGGCUCCCGAUAGGGGGGCUGUCAAAAAGCCCCCUCCUAAGGAAAGAAUCGAAGUCCCAGUCUUGUGACUGGAGAAAAGCUGGCGCUGUCACUGCCGUGAAGGACCAGGGCAUGGAGUGCAAAUCCUGCUGGGCGUUUGCCACGGCCUCCAACAUUGAAGCCCUGUGGAACAUCCACCGGCACCUGCCACGAAACGUCUCGGUGCAAGAAAUUAUCGACUGCGCGUAUCAGAAGAAAGGCUGCAACGGAGGCUUCGUGUGGCAGGGACUCUUGUCUGUGCUCAACAGCAGUGGAUUAUCGGGAAGUGAGCUGUAUCCCUAUGUGGGCAGAAACCAGACUUGCCAGAAACACCGGGGAAGAAAAGUGACCACGAUCGAUGGCUACGAAGUUCUUCCCAGAGAUGAGAAAUACCUAGCCAGCGUUGUCGCUUCUCAAGGUCCGGUAACAGCUCUGCUGAACAUGAAAGUACUUCAGGGUUACCAGAAAGGCAUUAUCCGGAGACCUUCCCAAGCCUGCAGUCCAAAUCAUCUGGAUCAUGCUGUGGUCAUCGUGGGCUUUGGCGAUGUGAAAUCCCGGCGCGGAUCCUGGACCGGGUCGUACUGGAUCAUCCAGAACUCGUGGGGAGAACACUGGGGAGAAAAGAUGGUCGAAUAAAGUCUGCGAUGGCUCUGGAGGUCAGGAUAUAAAACAAAAGUUCAAAUUGAAAGAAAGGAUUUUAGAUGGACAUUAAGAAGAACUCUUUGAACGCUACGAACUGCACGGCAGAGCCCGUUGCCGGAGGAUGUGGCGGGCUCUUGGUUCCCAAGCCGGAUGGGCCCCUGUGUCUGAGGAUGAUGGAUGAAUCAUGACCCUUUAGGCUUGGGAUGAUGGAUGAAAUAUCCUUUAAUCGGCUCACGGAGCCUUCCUGAACCUGGUUUUGGGACUACAGCUCCUAUAACCCACGUACAGCGGAGCUGUCGUUUCCCACUUCUCGAGGGCACCAAGAAUUGACCUUCGUCCAAAUACGGCCAUGUUUUGGCUCCCCCGUCCGCUCCCGUUUCCUCGUUCCCAGCAAUUCGUGGGGCUGAAACCUCGAAAC